AUGGAUGAGCUUCAGACCAAGAGUUUAACUCCGGUUACAGAGUCUCCGACCACCACCACCAAACCUGACGACGGUGAAGUCGUCAAAUGUAGUGGAAACGCUCAGACUCAGAGAAACUCAAAAAACUUGCUCAAGACGCGAACUAGGUCACGUCUUUUAGAUCAUCCAACACCAAAGCAAGCAGCCACCUUUGCCUCCGAAGUUAGGUCAGAUAAAGUCGGCUGCAAAGACCAACUGCUUUACCUUCCCUUUGCACUAGCCAAUGCUCUAACAGCUAGACUCAACGAUGGGGCUCCUCUCCCCUUGUGGAUGAGUUUUGGGUUCUUCUUGGUUAUUGUAUAUUCACAAUGGCACUAUAUUUGCAUUUUGCAACUUCAGUGA